AUGAGCAGACCCGAGAAAUGCGUGAUUGCGAUUAAAUUUUUCUUUCAGGAAAUGACUUCGCUUUAUAGCAUUAAGGGCAUUGCAAUUUUGGAUCAAGAUGGUAACAGAAUUCUUGGCAAGUAUUAUGAUGAAAACAUAUUUCCUGGCGCAAAAGAGCAGAAAGCAUUCGAAAAGAGUUUGUUCCACAAAACGAAUAAGGCUAAUGCCGAAAUAAUCUUAUUAGAUGGUUUAAUUUGUGUAUAUCGCAGCAAUGUGGAUCUGUUUUUCUAUAUAAUGGGUGGUGCGGAUGAAAACGAACUGAUCUUGAUUACGGCUUUGAACUGCCUUUAUGAUUCGAUUUCUUUGGUAUUGCGAAAAAAUGUUGAAAAGAAGGCACUAGUGGAUGAUAUGGAUAUUGCUAUGCUAAUCAUUGAUGAAAUUUGUGAUAAUGGAGUAUUGAUGGAGACAGAGCCGCAAGCUGUAGUAAGCCGCUGUGCAUUACGUCCUGAUGAAAUUACUUUUGGUGAUCAAAGUAUUUCGCAAGUGGGCAUGUCGGUAUGUAUGUUUUAG